UAAUCAAUACUACUUUUACUACAUCUUCAUUUCUUCUUCUUCUUCUUCUUCUUCUUCGUCCUCGUCGUCCCUGGAUCAAUCUCGCAUUUGCCUAUUGAUUUGAUGAAACUGCUCGAUUUAUCAUCGGCUUUAUCCUAGGGUUCUUAUUGAUUCUCGCUUACCUGUUUUUAGAAUCUAACUUUCGUUCCCUUCUUUUUCCUCUAGGGUUUUUCUUCCCCCCUUCGUGCCUUUACCUUCUUUUUGUUGAUUUCGAUUUGUUCUCCUCUGAUUUCUACUCCUAACAUUUUUUUGGGCUUGAAUCUUCCGCAAUCGAUUAGUUUCUUUCAAUUUUCUGUUUCGAGUAUUUGUUAGAUACGUUACGACACAGGUAUCGAAGGUUCUGUUUGGCUCGUAGGAAAUAUUUCCCUAUUUCCGUGACUUGGAAGCAGAAUAGAAUCUGUGGGUUGCUUCAUAGCAACCAAAAACAAUUCGGAAAGCUGAUUUCGACGGGUUGUAUAUGCUCUGUAUGUGUUCCGGCAUAGUUGCGAUUCGUUAGAUUGGGAGGGUUGAUUCUUGGUGGUUGAGGUGUGGUCGUGUCGGAGGUCGGUGAAGGAUAAGGGUGAGAUUUGCAUGGGUGAGCAUGAAGGGUGGGCGGCGUCACCGCCACCUAGUGGCGUAUUACCAAACGGUCUAUUGCCGGGCAAAGCUGCGUCGGUUAUACGGCCGCUCGACGCCGAGCGAUGGGCGAAGGCGGAGGAGAGAACCGCCGAGCUCAUCGCAUGCAUCCAGCCCAACCCGCCCUCCGAAGACCGCCGCAAUGCUGUUGCGAGAUAUGUGCAGAGGCUUAUUAUGGAAUGCUUCCCUCACCAGGUCGAGGUCUUUACUUUUGGAUCUGUACCAUUGAAGACUUAUUUGCCUGAUGGCGACAUCGACUUAUCUGCCUUCAGCAGAAACCAAAAUUUGAAGGAUUCAUGGGCUCAUGUGGUUCGUGAUAUGUUGGAAAAGGAGGAGAAGAAUGAGAAUGCUGAAUUCUGUGUCAAAGAAGUCCAGUACAUUCAAGCUGAAGUGAAGAUAAUCAAGUGUCUUGUGGAGAACAUUGUGGUGGACAUAUCUUUCAACCAACUCGGAGGAUUGUGUACACUAUGCUUCCUUGAGGAGGUUGAUCAUUAUAUAAAUCAGAACCACUUAUUCAAGCGUAGUAUCAUAUUGAUUAAGGCCUGGUGUUACUAUGAGAGCCGCAUAUUGGGCGCUCACCAUGGGCUUAUCUCAACUUAUGCUCUGGAGACAUUGGUUCUUUACAUAUUUCAUGUAUUCAAUAACUCUUUUGCUGGACCCCUUGAGGUUCUCUAUCGAUUUCUUGAGUUCUUUAGUAAGUUUGACUGGGAGAAUUUUUGUGUUAGCCUCUGGGGACCUGUUCCAAUUAGUUCACUUCCAAAUGUAACGGCGGAGCCUCCUCGAAAGAAUGGUGGAGAGUUGCAAGUUAGUGAAGUAUUUCUUAAAGCUUGUAGUAGAGUUUAUGCAGUUUACCCUGCUACGCAAGAAAAUCAGGGGCAGCCUUUUGUUUCCAAACAUUUCAAUGUUAUUGACCCUCUGCGUGAAAACAACAAUCUUGGGCGUAGUGUCAGUAAAGGUAACUUCUUUAGGAUACGGAGUGCAUUUGCCUUCGGUGCAAAGAAAUUGGCAAGGUUCCUUGAUUGCCCUAAGGAUGGGUUGUUUCAUGAAAUAGACCAUUUUUUUAUGAAUACCUGGGAAAGACAUGGUAGCGGUCAUCGUCCUGAUGCUCCUGGAGACGGUUUAUGGCAAUUAAGACUGUCAGAUCCUGACCUGCGUCAUCGAGCCGAAAAAUUUGGUAAUUCUUCAGGCAGCAAAAGAAAUGAAAAUUCCUUGUGUCAUGAGAUUAAUAUUGACGGGGUUCGCGGAACUCCCAGUUUUCCCUCUCAACAGAAUAAGUAUAAGGCUGAAAGUAAGUCUAGAGGAAGUGACACAAACAGCUCAAAAGUCUCUGACCAUCAUGGACAUGAAGUCACUACAAGCCAAAGCGUUUCAAAUGAUAAAUUCCAGAGAAGUUUUAAGCCAGAAUCCAUGGUGAAUAACUUCCAGGGAAGGCAUCUGUUUUCCAGGACUCGUUCUAGCCCUGAGCUUACUGAGAUAUAUGGUGAAACUCCUGUACCAUCAAGGCUCUAUAGAGCCCCGGAACCUGGGAAAUGCCAAACCGAUUCUUCGAGGGUUGAAAAUAUCAGAAAAAAGAAUGAGUCCGAGACUUCAUCGAGCCAUGGUAGGUCUUUUGCUGACUCAUCAUCAGUUAGGCAUACCUCAUCCCAUCAAAGUCUUGAUAGUACCGCUGAGACAAACAGCGCAGUUACUAAUUAUCAAGAUGAUUUAGGUUCGGGUUCCAUGAAGAAAAACUCUCCUGUCCCAGGGGCGCAGGGAAUGCAACAAGAAGAGCAAGACCUCAUUAACUUGAUGUCGUCUGCUGCAUAUGGUUUUAACGGGCAGUUUCCAUUUCCCUUAAAUUUUGCUGGUGGUCACUUGCCUUUUCCAAUUGCACCUUCCGUCCUAGCUUCGAUGGGAUAUGGUCAGAGGAAUUUGGCUGGCAUUGUUCCUGCUAACCUUCCUUUCAAUGAGACUGCUUGGGGUGCCAAUAUGCAAUUUCAGCAAAGCUUAGUUUUUUCACCAUCUAGUCAUUAUUUUCCCGGUGGAUUCCCUCCAUAUAUGGAAAACUCAGGUGAAGCUGGUAACGACACCAUGGGUUCUGUGGAGAUUAAUAUUGGCGAGCCUGAACAUGAUUUGAGGCUCGAGCAAGAAAGGGGAACUAGCAGUUUUGAUCUCAAAACCGGUGGUUAUGGGAUGCAUCAGGCUAAUGAUAAAGAGCAUUCAUCUACGGAAGACUAUAGCUAUGAAAUCACAGGUCGGAGAUUUAGCGAAACAUGGUCAGUGAGGGAAGAUGAUUCAGAUAAUUCCCACUAUCCAGCUAGAGCUGGAAAUCAGAUGCCGACUGAUGAGAGGACCACAGGCUCUAGAUCUGUGUCUCGUGCUAGCUCUGUUAGAAGCAAAACUUCAUCUGAAAGCUCCUGGGAUGGAUCAACAACAAGGGGCUCAAAACCAGUUAGGGAAAAACGGAACAGGAAAGUAUUAUCUCCUGGGCCUCCAUCUGCAUUGUCUGGGAAAGGAAAGGGCGUACCUGAGCACUCAAUCCAGGUUGAUAAUGAUAACAGAGAGUGGGUUCCUGUAUCAAGCAGUGAAAUGCCAGAAAGGGAUAUAGGGCCUCAGCCUACUGCUGUGCAAUGGCAGGUUCAGAGGCAUCAAAUGCAGGGUCUUGAACCAGCACAGACAAGUGGAUCAGAAUCCAUAAUACCUUUUGCACCAUUGUAUAUUGGUCAUGGCUUGCAGCAAAAAACUGUUGAUAACUCGGGGUAUACAUUUUAUCCGACUGGGCCACCUGUUCCAAUCGUCGCAAUGUUUCCAGUAUACAACUUUCAAGCUGGUAAUGCAACGUCAGAUGCAUCAACCAGUCAUUGCAAUGUGGAUGAAGCUACGGAAAAUAGCGAUUCAAGUAAAAGUUUUGACUCAUAUAGGGGACUUGAUCAGUCUGAGCUAAUAACUUCUUCCCAGCCCUCGAAAAUUGCAGCUUCAGUUGAGCCAAUGCAGCAAAAACCUGAUAUUCUUAAUGGUGAUUUUGUUAGCCAUUGGCAAAACUUACAGUAUGGCCGUCUCUGCCAGAAUUCACAAUCUCCUCCUUUGCUUUAUUCUGCUCCUGUGGUUGUCCCACCUGCUUAUCUGCAGGGACGCAUGCCAUGGGAUGGUCCUGGAAGACCUCUUGCUUACACAAAUGUUGCCAAUCAGCUUAUGACUUAUGGACCUCGACUUGUACCCGUUGCUCCUUUACAGUCUGCUUCAACUAGACCAGCUAACGUUUACCCCCGAUAUGCAGAUGAAAUGCCCAGAUAUCGGAGUGGGACAGGGACCUACUUUCCAAAUCCUAUCUCCAAUAGGGAGAGGCAUUCCUCGAGCAUGAGGAGAGGGAAUUAUGGGCAUGACAGGAACACACAUCAUGGUGACCGAGAUGGGAAUUGGAACGUUGCUAAGAUGCGGGGUUCUGGGCGUGGUCACAAUCGUAGCCAAGCUGAAAAGGCAAACUCAAGGCAAGACCGAUCAGAUAGGCACUGGGGCUCAUAUAGGCAUGAAUCUUCAUCAUAUCAUUCCCAGAACGGCCCUACCCGUGCAACCACCACUUCACAGGAGGGUUCUGCUAAUAUGGCUUAUAGCAUGUACAGGAUGCCAGGCAUGAAGCAGAGUGGUGCGGCCUUUGAGGGUCACAGCACUCCACCUGUCGUGAUGUUCUAUCCGUAUGAUCAUAAUACUGUUUACAAUGCAACAGCUGAACAGCUCGAGUUCGGGUCCCUUGGACCUAUGGGGUUCUCCUCGAACACAAAUGAAGAUCCGAGGUUUCUCGGUGCGUCUUCCGCUCAGAUGGCUUCGCCAGAACAGCCUUCAUCACCUAACCUCCCCAGGGGGAGUUGAUUGCUCAGCAAAAACGCAAGAAGAAGAACCACCAAACGAAUGCAUUCCCACCUGCUUGGAAACUGAGGGAUGUGGACGGAGAAAAUUGCUCGACUUUUGACCUGUACCGGGAUAUCAUUCUGCAGAAAGAAGCGAUUGGACAGAUGGAAAACUACAGCUGGGGAAAGUACCUGACCCGGUCGGAGUGUAUGUACACUACACUAUCUCAGAAAGAAAAGCAUCAGGAACCAUCCUCACAGAGGAUGCUCUGUUGUUUUCCUCGGCAAGGGACGGCUCUAGGCGACUUACUGUUAGUAGAUGUAGCUCCUAUUCAUUUGUUGUUUUUUCUCUUCUUUAAAUCUUCUUCUUCGAACUGGUUUUUUAGGGUUCCAACAAGAAAGAAAUUGUAGCCUUUGCCCAUACGGAAAGAACUUAUAUAUUAGGCUUUUCUCUUUUA